GGGCGGGGUCGCACUGUACCCGGAUUGAGGCAACAUGGCGAUCUCCUGRAAUAAAAAUUGAUGUGCCUAGAAGUAGAUUUGAAAGGUGGUUGUUCUUCAGAACAUCUUUCAUCAUAUCGUCUGAUCAUCGUAAAACACCAUGGCAUCGAUAGCAUUCAAAUGGGUGAUGUCAAAGAGAAUUCUCUGGAAGCAUUUAUUUCCAGUUCAAAACAGUGCUUUAUCUGGUGUUUGUCAUAAAUCCACAUUUUCUUCUCUUCCAGAUGACUAUAAUUGCAAAGUAGAGCUUGCUUUGACAUCUGAUGGCAGAACAAUAGUAUGCUACCAUCCUUCUGUGGAUAUCCCAUAUGAACAUACACAACCUAUUCCUCAACCAGAUCCUUUGCACAGUAAUGAAGAAACACAUGAUCAAGUGCUAAAAAYCAGAUUAGAAGAAAAAGAUGAACACCUUGAGGAAGGACCCAUGAUAGAAAAACUUAGUAAAAUGUUUUUUACUACUAAGCAUCGUUGGUAUCCUCAUGGACAGUAUCAUAGACGUCGUAAGAAUCCGAAUCCUCCAAAAGACAGAUGAUAUUGAGACUCCUGGGAGAAUCAAAGAAAAAUGUUAUCUGGUGUCUCAUUUGCCAUUUGAGAAAAUGCAAUCUGGUGUAUUCACUAAUAUGUUAUUUAGUAAUAUAAUAAUAAAAUGUCUUUUCAUAUAUUAGAAUAUGUAUUUAUUAAUCCUGGACUUUACAUUUUUAUUUA